AUGUUUAGACGAAAAAAGAAGUGUAUUCGUUUUACUGAAGAAGGCGGUGAUGCGCCGAGUUCAGUGAAUGGUGGCAACGAUACAACAUCAAACGAUGAAGAAGAUGAUAUGAGUGGGUACGAUGAAGAUACCGGUGAUAGUGACGAAGAAAAUAAACAGCAUCAAUCGCCCGGUCAAAAACUUUUGCAUUCGACUAAACAGUCACAACAUCACGAUUCGGACUCAACAUCACCAAAUACUCCAGGAACAGCUCAACAACGAGUUGCUGCUGUUUCUUCUUCUUCAUCAUCUUCUUCUUCGACAGGUGCAGUAGUCCCACCACAUCAAUUUUUAAAUCAUCCACCACCACAACAACAUUUAUACCAACGUUCAUCACAUCAACCUUUACCACCGCCCCAUUACCCACCACAUUUAUCGCAAUCACAUUCAUUGCAUCCGUAUCAUUAUUUACAUCCGUACGAACAACAGCCACGAUCCUCAUUUCACACACUACCAAAUGGUAUUCGACAACCGUCGGCAUUACAUGUCACUGUGAAAAGAGAGAGUUAG